AUGCGUUCCGAAGUGAAUCGAACUCCGGUUUUCACUGUAGAAGGCAGUAAAACACUGACCAACGGCCUGCCCAUAGAUCUCGAAUCCAAGAGUUAUAGUUUUGAUGAAGUGCUGGAUAUUGUUGGUUUUGGAAGGACCACACUGCACAUAUUUAUAGCUUCCUCUAUGGUUAUGAUGGCAGUUCUGAACGAAACCAUGGGUAUUUCUAUAAUUAUUCCUGCAUCACAGUGUGACUUAAGUCUAUCAUCAACCGACAAAGGCAUUUUGACCGGAGUGAGCUUUGCAGGAAUCAUCGUUUCGUCACACUUCUGGGGCUAUAUGGCGGAUACAAAAGGUCGCCGGAGUACACUCAUUGUGUCGUUGCUUCUGACCGCCCUAUGUGCGCUGGUGUCAGGUUUAUCGAUAAACUUCACCAUGAUGGCCGUAACGCGUUUCCUAGUCGGAGUGUUCAUUUCUGCACCUUCAGCUACAGUCUUUGCGUACCUGGGAGAAUUUUUUAAGACCGUGAACCGCACGAUGGUGAUAACGUACGCCAGCGUGGCUGUGGGAUUAUCAGCUGUUUUUACAGCAACGACUGGGUGGUACUUGCUUUCCUUCGAAUGGUCGCUGGCACUUCCCUUCACUGACCUGAUGCUUAGGCCUUGGCGUUUUCUUUUUUUCGUCUACACAUUACCGACGCUAAUCGGCGCCUUUUGGUUGAUGGCACUCCCGGAAAGCCCGAAGUUCUAUCUAUCCCGAGGUCGAGAGUCCGAAGCGUUCGCCAUUCUGGUGCGGCUGUAUCUGGAAAACCACCCCAACACCACAGCGAACGACUUUCCUGUCAAAUAUAUCACACCUGAACCGGGGCAGAAGGAUCGUAGCGUCCCCUCGAGUAGCUCCGGGGGAUUCUAUCAUAUAGCGAGUAGUGUUUGGAAUCAAACAGUACCUCUAUUUAAACGACCUAACUUAGGAAAUUUUAUCAUCUGUUGCGCUGUGCAGUUUGGGCUGUUUGUGGUGUCCGCUGGUAUGGGACUGUGGUUCCCGGACAUUAUCAACCGACUGACCACUUCCAAUGCAACUGAUGUGACCGUCUGCGAAGCCUUAGAUGCAUCAUUAAUGAGUGAUGCAGCUGCGUUCUUGGAAGAUGAACGCAUAACUGUCGCCGCCACAUGCAAUGAUAAUGUCAACGAACAGGUCUUCAUCUACGCCAUCACACUCGGCGGACUAUACACGGCAUUGUACCUUGCAAUGUCGGUUCUGAUGCGCAAAGUGGGGCGUAAGUGUUUGGUAGCGUCCAACCUGUUCUUAUCUGGGUUUUCCGGAAUCGCCCUUCAAUUCGUGGACAAUCCGGUUGCGAUGGUGGCGCUAUUCUGCGCCUUCCUUGUGUUCGCCGGAACAUCGAUCUCUGUUCUCAACGGAACAACCGUUUCAAUCUUUCCCACAAACGUACGUGCGAUGGCCGUGUGCCUCAGUCUCAUGAUGGGACGGUUAGGAAGUGUCUUUGGGAGUAAUCUUGUAGGACUUAUUAUGGAGCAAAACUGCACUUUCACGUUUCUGUUCUUUGCCAGUGGAUCUAUUAUCUGCGCUAUUCUUACUCUCUUUUUACCCAGUUAG